GGUGGGGAGUGGUGUUUAUGGCCAAAAACAUCUCAAUUUUUUUAUUUUACUAUGGUCUCAUAUAACUCAAGUUUCUAUCAUAACAACUUUUAAGCGCAAUUCUAUCUUCCUAUAUGAGUUUGUAGACAGUUUGUGUAAAGCCCCACUCUAAUGAAAAUUGUGAUUUCCCUUUAUGUUUAUAAAAUCGUCAAUAGUUUUCAAUCACAAAUUCAAACCAAUUUGAACAUUUCGUUUGACUAAAUUCAUUUACACUCCACACUAUUGUAUUGCGCAAAGCCCACUCCAAUGAAAAUAGUGAUUUCCCUUUAUCUUCCUAAAACCAUGAAUAAUUUUGAAUCACAAAUCCAACUAUUUAAACAUUUUGUUGGAGUGGAUCCAAUUACACUCGACAGACACUAAUGUAUUCUCAAACAUACAUAUCCCCUCCUCUUUCAUGGCAGUUUUCAAAUCAAAAGAAACCAAUCUGGAACACUCUUAAUCCGAAGCGCCUGGUCCUGACGCAGGAGGGCAGGACGAAGCUGAACCCCUCUCCCGACAGAGAAUUUUACGCGUUCCCGAGAUUCGUGACGCACGUGGACGACGGCUUCAUAUCGAAUCUCAGGAAUCUGUACGGCGAGAUUCUGAGGCCGGAGAUGGAGAUCCUGGAUCUUUGCAGCUCUUGGGUCAGCCAUUUGCCCCAACAGGUGGCGUACAAGAGAGUCGUGGGGCACGGGCUCAACGCGCAGGAGCUCGCGAGGAAUCCGAGGCUCGAUUACUUCUUCGUCAAGGAUCUGAACAAGGAUCAGAAGUUGGAGAUGGAGGAUUGCAGCUUUGAUGCGGUUUUGUGCGCGGUCAGCGUGCAGUAUCUGCAGCAGCCGGAGAAGGUAUUUGCGGAGGUGUUUCGCGUAUUGAGACCGGGAGGAGUGUUUAUAGUUAGCUUCAGUAACCGGCUUUUCUACGAGAAGGCGAUCGCAGCAUGGCGCGACGGCACGCCGUACAGCCGGGUGCAGCUGGUUGUACAAUACUUCCAAUGCGUGGAGGGCUUCACCCACCCACAAAUAAUUCGAAAACUCCCGUAUCAAAAGCAGGGUAACUCUAACUCCUUUUUCAGCCGAAUUGCAGCCAUGUUCGGCUUGUUAUCUAGAGCAGAUCCUUUCUAUGCGCUCAUAGCUUAUAAAAACUUCAAACCUAUAUAUGAAUGACAUCGAGAUGUUGUCAAUUUGUGAAAUAGUUGGUUUUGCUAUUUGUUGAGGAAACAAUUUCGAUUGAUCAAAAUUUAAGAGGAAUUAAUUUC